GUUGCUUUCGCCGCAUCCCGGGUCGGGAUUUGAAAGAUUAAGAAGUCCCGUCGGAGAGAACGGUGGCGUUGAAUGCGUGGCGGAAGCCGUGGGGACCACGGCUAGGCGAGAGGCCGGGCGGCCGGCAGCGUCUCCACAGCAUGAAUCACUCGGGCCUCGGGUCCCCGCGGAGCCUCGAGCAUAACGGCCGGGGCAGCGGCGGCGCUGCCUGGGAGCUGGGCUCGGAGGCAGACCCAGCGUUCCGCGGUAGCGUCUGCUGCUUUGACCACCUGCCCAGUGGGGACCCGGGCGACGGCGAAGUGCCCCUGGCCCUGCUGCGCGGAGAGCCCGGGCUACACUUGGCGCCGGGCGCAGAGGAUCCCAACCACCACUUGGCGCCGGACCCUUGCCUCAGUGACGAGAACUAUGACUUCAGCUCCGCGGAGUCCGGCUCCUCGCUGCGCUACUACAGCGAGGGCGAGAGCGGCGGCGGCGGCAGCUCCUUGUCCCUGCAGCAAUCGCCGCUGGUGCCGUCGAAUUCGGGGGGCGGCGGGGCGGCUGGAGGGGGUCCAGGGGAAAGGAAGCGUCCUCGGCCCGGCGGUGUAGCCGCCAGGCACCGCUACGAAGUGGUGACGGAGCUGGGCCCGGAGGAGGUGCGCUGGUUCUACAAAGAGGACAAGAAGACCUGGAAGCCCUUCAUCGGCUACGACUCCCUCCGCAUCGAGCUUGCCUUCCGGACCCUGCUGAAGGCCACGGGGGGCCGACCCCAGAACGAGGACCCCGACCGUGACCAUGUGUGUGGCCCGUCCUCCACCACGGGCCUGGCCUCCACCUUUGGGGAGGACGACCGGGAAGACCGCGUCUGUGGCUUCUGCCCGCGCACCGCGAGGCACGAGCCCGAGAUGGAGCAGCUGGUGAACAUCGAGCGGGUGUGUGUGCGGGGCGGCCUCUACGAGGUGGAUGUGACCCAAGGAGAAUGCUACCCGGUGUACUGGAACCAAUCUGAUAAAAUACCAGUAAUGCGUGGACAAUGGUUUAUUGAUGGUACUUGGCAGCCUCUAGAAGAAGAAGAAAGUAAUUUAAUUGAGCAAGAACAUCUCAACUGUUUUAGAGGUCAGCAGAUGCAAGAAAGUUUUGAUAUCGAAAUGUCAAAAUCCAUAGAAGGAAAAGACGGCAGUGGAAUCAACUAUUCUGUAGUCUACCACCUCCCUCCCUUCUCCUUCCCUUUUCUGUUCAAAUGGAGAGGAUAUAAGGAGAGUACAGAAGCAACAGGUCUUAAACGAAAGCGUUCCCAAGCUAUUCGGAGUUUCAAGUUGAGUCGAAACCACGUGGACUGGCACAGUGUGAAUGAAGUGUAUCUUUAUAGUGAUGCAACAACAUCUAAAAUUGCAAGAACAGUUACGCAAAAACUGGGAUUUUCCAAAGCAUCAAGUAGUGGGACUAGACUUCAUAGAGGUUAUGUAGAAGAAGCCACAUUGGAAGACAAGCCAUCACAGACUACUCAUAUUGUAUUUGUCGUGCAUGGCAUUGGGCAGAAGAUGGACCAAGGAAGAAUUAUCAAAAAUACGGCCAUGAUGAGAGAAGCUGCUAGAAAAAUAGAAGAAAGGCAUUUUUCCAACCAUGCAACACAUGUUGAAUUUCUGCCUGUUGAGUGGCGGUCAAAACUUACUCUUGAUGGAGACACCGUUGAUUCCAUUACUCCAGACAAAGUACGAGGUUUAAGGGAUAUGUUGAACAGCAGUGCAAUGGACAUAAUGUAUUAUACUAGCCCACUUUAUAGAGAUGAACUAGUUAAAGGCCUUCAGCAAGAGCUGAACCGAUUAUAUUCCCUUUUCUGUUCUCGGAAUCCAGACUUUGAAGAAAAAGGGGGUAAAGUCUCAAUAGUGUCACAUUCACUGGGAUGCGUAAUUACUUAUGACAUAAUGACUGGCUGGAAUCCAGUUCGACUCUAUGAACAGUUGCUGCAGAAGGAAGAAGAAUUGCCUGAUGAACGAUGGAUGAGCUAUGAAGAACGACAUCUUCUUGAUGAACUCUAUAUAACAAAACAACGGCUGAGAGAAAUAGAAGAACGGCUACAUGGAUUGAAGGCAUCAUCCAUGACACAAACACCUGCCUUAAAAUUUAAGGUUGAAAAUUUCUUCUGCAUGGGAUCCCCACUGGCAGUUUUUCUGGCAUUACGUGGCAUUCGCCCAGGAAACUCUGGAAGUCAGGACCAUAUUUUGCCCAGGGAGAUUUGUAACCGGUUACUAAAUAUUUUUCAUCCAACAGAUCCAGUGGCUUAUAGAUUAGAACCAUUAAUACUGAAACACUACAGCAACAUUUCACCUGUCCAGAUCCACUGGUAUAAUACUUCCAAUCCUGUACCUUAUGAGCAUAUGAAGCCAAGCUUUCUCCACCCAACAAAAGAACCUACCUCAGUUUCAGAGAAUGAAGGCAUUUCAACAAUACCAAGCCCUGUGACCUCACCUGUCUUGUCCCGCCGACACUAUGGAGAAUCUAUAACAAAUAUAGGCAAAGCAAGUAUAUUAGGGGCUGCUAGCAUUGGAAAGGGACUUGGAGGAAUGCUGUUCUCAAGAUUUGGACGUUCAUCUACAUCACAGUCAUCUGAGACAUCAAAAGACUCAGUAGAAGAUGAAAAGAAGCCAGUUGCCUCGCCUUCUACGACCACAGUGGCAACACAGACCCUUCCACAUAGCAGUUCUGGCUUUCUUGAUUCUGCAUAUUUCAUACUUCAGGAGUCGUUCUUUAAUCUCCCACAACUUCUUUUUCCGGAAAAUGUAAUGCAGAAUAAAGAUAAUAGCCUCGUGGAAUUGGAUCACAGAAUUGAUUUUGAACUCAGAGAAGGACUUGUGGAGAGCCGCUAUUGGUCAGCUGUCACAUCACAUACUGCCUAUUGGUCGUCUUUGGAUGUUGCCCUCUUUCUUUUAACCUUCAUGUACAAACAUGAGCACGAUAAUAAUGCAGACCCCGAUUUAGAUCCAAUUUGAACUCUCGAAGGACAUUCAUGGCCCAAUACUGAUUUUUUUUUCCUGUUAAAAUGUAUGUGUCAAGAUAAUAGAGAUUUCAGGUUUAAGUAUAUUUCAGUUUUGUUUAGGGCAAGAAAUAUUUGAGUUUAAGAGCACUUUAUUUUAAAAACAAAACAUUUUUUUAGUCCAAAAGAAGCCACUUACAGUUUUCAUCAUUUUAAUUAUGAGUCUGACAAAACCCCCUACAGAGAAUCAAGCAAGACUUUGAAAUAAGGAACGUUUGGGUGACCUGCAAGAUUAUAAAUCACAGUCUAAAUUCUCCCAAAUAUAUAGGCAUAUUAAUGGGUUGAAUCUAAUGUAUUAACCAAAAUAUGUUACAAAUCUAAAAUGGUCAAUAUCUAGUAUAUUUUACACAAAGUGAUAUCAUUGUUUUUGAUUUCUAUGAAGGCUUUCAUUUCCACAAUUUCUUUGAAAGAAGAGCAUAAGAUUUAGGUGUUUGGAAUUUAACUUGUUUAGCAAAACUAAUGCUAAAGAAACAAUAUUUGAACUACUGUAUUUAUAAUUUAUUACCUCUGACUAAUUGCUUUAUUUCAAUGUAUAAAACAUUAUUUUUUUAAUGUUUCUUUUGAACAAUUUAAGAACCACAUUUAGUGUUAAGACCCUUUUUUUUUCUCCCAGAACUUCACCUUUGUACUCUUCAGAUGAAUGUAUAGACACUGUGGCAUACUUUGAGUAUUUUUUUUUUCAUUAAAAACUUGUAGUUUCACACAAAUAACACUAGUUGAAUUAUUUGAAAAAGUAGAACUUUUUAUUAUGUCACAUGUACCUCAGAGAAAGCUAAAGUUUUCUAAACACAGAACUCCGUAAUGAGUACAUUUCAUUAACUUUAUUGGAAAAUUUCGUAAACUUCUUUGGAAUCAGGAGUAUAAUGACAAUUUUAAGUAUAUAAACAUCUCUGUGCCAAACAACAUACAUAAAGAGAUGACGUGCCGCUAACAGACCUUCCUGUUAGAGUGUUUAAGAACACACGGUGGAGACGUGUGGCACAACACAUCAGGAUUCCAAGGCAUUAGAAGAGUUUUCCUCAGCUGUAGUUAUUUCCACAGUGCUUUUCAUCUGAGGAGCUCAAAGUGCUAUAAAUUUAAUAACCUCUUUAGUAUCUCCUUGAGGUGAGUAAAUGAGCGUUAUUCUCAUGUUAACAUGUUAAUUCCCUAAGGCACCAAAACUUUUAAAGUGCCUUGAAUUACAGAGCAAAUCAGAAGAGCUCAGAUUGAAGCUAGACCAUAUACUUUUAUAUCAAUGACUAAUAAUUUACUUGUUACCUCUUAGUAGUUUGCAAACAAUAACAACAAGUUGCAAUUCACCAUUUGGAGAAGUGACUGGGAAGCCAGUAUUUUACUCUGCUUGUCUUACACAUUCAUAGGUUCUCACACACAAAGGAAAAGUUACCUGGAAGGGAUCAGUAGCCAUCUCUGCCCCAACCAAUCCUCACUUCUGAGUGGCUGCCACUAGGUUCUGCUCAAGGUGCUGUCUUUGCUUAUCAUGCAAGGAUUUUUCUUAGCUUCCCCGUAACCGUCACCAUGGGUGCACAGGUGGUCAGCUGCACGUCUCACCUGCUCUGUUCUUAUGAGGUAGUGGAAUCUGUGGCCGGCUCGUAGGUUUUACUCGGCACCAUCAGUCCUCGUCUGUUUUGGCCUCUCGUUGAAUUUGCACAACAUAGAACACUUCUUUUUAGUGGUCAAAAAAGAUUCCAAGGUUCCAUGACCAAAUGUGUGGCCUAGAAACCCUUGCUAUAAAAGGCUUGAUGAGAUCUUAGCAAAGCUGAAGUAACUCUCUUAAAUUUAGAGAUUGUUGUGAACUCAGGUCAUUUCCCUACCCUGUUCAUUUCGUAGGUCGAAUUCAGUUCUCAGGAAAAUUAAAACUGGCAUCUUGUGACUAUUCCUAAGCGCACUUGAGCGUAUGUUGCUGUGGGUAGGAUGACACUCAAAUACUUGAGAGCUUUAAGGAAUUCAUUCCCGACCACUGGAAUGCGAAGAGCCCUUGCUACCUGAGAGGGACGUCUGUUACACCUUUUCGUUUGCAAUAAGAAGAAAACGACCAGUAUGUUCCCGUAGCUACAAGAAUAUAUCUGCUUCCCUUUCUCCGUAUUGAGGAAACAAAAUCAAAUUUAACCACAUGCAAUUUCAAUUCUUAAAAAGAGUAACAUUCAAAACCCCCUUUUCAAAGUGAGUGGAUUACUGGACAGUUUUGAUUUUGGUUCAUUACUUCAUCAGUAGGGAUGGCAGUAUUGAUUCUAUAAUCCUCUUGUUUCCAUGUGUCUGCAUGUUAUCAUGGAAUGUACUUGUAUAUACUCAAGUAAUAUACAGAGUAUGUGUAAUUCUGGCUUGGUUUAGAAGCUAAAUCAGUUACUGAGUAACAUUUUGCAACUUUAUUCCAGCAAGUACUAAAUUGGCCAAAAAGUUCUGUUUUUGAUACCAUUAAAAUUCUAUUCUCUA